GAUUUUGCCUUCCUUCUCUCUUACAAUACAAAUACAAUCCUACAAAAUUUCAGCGCAAUUUAAAUUAGGGAGGGAAACCCGAACUGUGAUUCCGACGGACGUUAAACGGUUAAAGCUCCGACGAACGAUAUGAAAGCUCCGGCAUCUGCUUCAUUGAAAGCUCCGGUCAAAUUCAGGAUGCCAACGUCGGAGAAUUUGGUUCCGAUCCGAUUGGAUAUCGAAAUCGACGGGCAGCGGUACAAAGAUGCUUUCACUUGGAACCCUAAUGAUCCGGAUUCAGAGGUGCAGCCGUUUGCCAAAAGAACUGUGAAGGAAUUGAAGCUGCCUUCUGGUUUCGGUGGGCAAAUUCAACAAUCCAUUCAGUCACAGCUUGCUGAUUUCCGCUCGUAUGAAGGGCAGGAUAUGUACAACGGCGAGAAGAUUGUUCCAAUUAAGCUUGAUCUUCGUGUGAAUCAUACGGUAAUCAGGGAUCAGUUUUUAUGGGACUUGAACAACUUUGAAAGUGACCCUGAGGAAUUUGCUAGAACUCUCUGCAAAGAUUUGUGUAUUGAAGACCCUGAAGUUGGGCCCGCAAUUGCCGUUGCAAUUAGGGAACAACUGUAUGAGGUUGCAGUUCAAAAUGUAGCUUCAGCAAGAGAGAACAGACUAAGCAAGAAAGGUCGCAGGGGUUCUGAACAUUUCCCAGCCAGUAAAGUAAGUGGUGCUGCACUGGACUUGAUGAAGUUAUUCAAUUUCAGAUCCAGUGUCAUUAGGAAAAGAAAGGAUUGGGAUUAUUAUAAGCCAGUUCUUGACCUUCUGUCGAACGAGGAUGUCGAUGUCCUUGAAGCAAGGGAGGAGAGGAGUGGCCGAUAAAAUAACAUACAAUUGAGGCCUACUUGUGACUCAUGCACUCCUUGUUCCAUGUUUUCUUGUUUAGAUCUCAGUAGUAGUUGUUAGGGGAUGUUUACUAAUUGUAAGUAAGAGAUGGAAAGAAGCUUUAAGAACAAGUGGAUUAUGGUAGUGUAUCUUAAAUUCUUAAUUCAUGCUGUAUGGGAUUUUCAUCUUUCUUUACUUUCCAGCAGCAUAUAUAAACUCUUGGUCUUGGA